CACCAUCUACCGAAUUCAAGCAUUUUUACUUUUAUCCCUUCGUUCGUUAUUUUCCAGCAACCUCGAUCUUUUUCUUUUUUUCUUUUACCUACUUGUCGAAUUCCACAAAUUUAGACGCCCCAAGAGAAACUUAAUUGAUUAGCCGUUUUUCUCUCUUUUUCACCAAACUUUACCACCAUCUAUUGAACAAUUUCUGCGACGUGUCGAAACCUUUUCCACCGAAGAAUAAUAAUCAAAGCGUUCGUAAUCCGUAAUCCAUCCAUCGCAUCGUACGGAGACUGCACCAAAACCAAUAGUUUAAUUUAAUCCCCAUUGAUCUUCAUCCGGUCAAUUUCGAAGCACAUUUCGUUUGUGCUUGAAUACCUUCCUUCUUCGACCAAUUCGAAACUACUUCGCGUCGAGGUUCUCCACACUUCAACAACACAUAAAGUUGGUUAAUAAAGGGGAAAGAUUGGCUGAAGGGUAAGAUAUUAUAUCCAUUACUGUCUACUACUCCAUCUACAUUUUGCCUGAAUGUAGUGUGAGUGAAUAAUUCAAAGUUUGGUGACUAACAUGGCUACAUAUAGGAAGCCAGAGAAAUUUGUCGCCAGACAAUUCACCAUGUCUUCGAACAAUACAAGUAUGGCAACCAGUGCGCCACCUGUAGCUGCUACUUCUUCUGCUGAAGUCCCUUCUUCGACUUCUCAAUCAUUAACAUCUACGACCUCUACAUCAAGUGCAAUUGCUAACACAAGUUCAUCGACUACAGUCACAAGUCCUGAUCCUGUAACUCCUGUUUCUAGCAGUAGUAGUGUAGUACUUCCAGUUUCACAACCUUCAACUUCAACCUCAACAACACCAGCACCAACAACCCCAACCCCAACCCCAACUCCAACUACACCGACGCCAACAACUCCAACCCCAACAAUACCAUCAGUGACAACUCCAGUAACAGUUGCAACAACUCCCACUACUUCUGCUGUAGUACCCGCGCCUACCACUCAAAAGACUACUGAAUCGAAGACAACACCCACAACAACAGCCGCGGCCGAUACCCCAACACCCACAGUCGUCGUAUCCGUUGUUACCGUAACGCCAACUGACGGUAUAUCCUCUGGACAAGUCACAACUGAAUAUAUUACAUCUACGCAAGCUAUUACAUCCAAAACAUCUUCCACAUCAACUUCAUCAUCUGCCGCAGUUUCCGGAACAGCCGGUCUUAGCAAUGCAGGAACAGGUAAAUCAGGAAAGUCUGGUAUUGGAAGUGGAGGAACAAUUGCUAUCGCAGUAGUCGUACCUAUUGUUGCAGUUGCUGCAUUAAUUGCUGCUGGAUUGUUCUUUUGGAGGAAACGAAAGCAACGUAAGGAUGCGGAAGAAAUGAGAAGAAAGGAAGUCGAGGAAUAUGGAUACAAUCCCAACAAUGAUCCAACAAUUCCAGCUGUAGGAUCAGGAGGAAGUGAUGGACCAUUCGAAAUGCGUGAAGAAGAAGGAUCUGGUUAUCGUGGAUGGGGUACUACAGCGGUAGCAUCGUCAGGAAGAAAAGCUUCAACAACGUUAUCUGGUGGUCAGUCCGCAGGUGGAAUCGGUAUGGCUUAUUCGGACGGAAACUCACCGACUCAUGCAGUCUCCGAUACUCGAUCUGACAAUCCUUUAGUUGAUCAUCAUGAAGACGAAGGCAUGGGUGCUAUGGGACCAACUUCAGGAGGAAAUCGCGAUAUAAACCGAGGAUUAUCGAAUGCUUCAUCAUCAUACAGUGCUGCCAAUCGAUCAGAUGGAUCAGGUGAAGGUGCAGGUGGAUAUAAUGGAGGUGGACAAUAUUAUGAUCAAUAUGGAGCUGGAAACCCAUAUACUGAUGCAACACCAUAUGGAAGUCCACCAAAUAGAGCCGAUGUUUCGGGACAACCAGUUAUACGUGAUGUAUCAGCAAGGAGGAACACACGAAUUGAAAACCCAUCACAUUACCCAGGUCAACAGAGUGCCGGUAUUUCACAAAACUUUUAAUCAAUUAGGAUGGGAUUUGUAACGAUUUUUUCAUCCAUCUACGCACACACGUUAUUAUAAAAAGUUUCAUUUGGGAAGCCGUGCUCCCGUUAUUUAAUAUGCGGUGGGAAUGAAAAGGGAAUCUUCGGGGCACAGCUUUGUAGUCAUAUUAUAUCACAAUACCAUUAUGGGGGAGUGGAUGGCGUUUUUUCUUUUCUUUUACGAAUGGCCUUUUUUCCCUUUCUUUAGAAGCUAUGAAGCAGCUCUGGCCUUUCUUUUGUUUGGUAUGGUGGUUUGAUGGUUGUUUGAUGGGAGUGAUGGUUUGCUUACGCCUUUACCAGGCGAGGUAGAGGGAUGCGAUGCGAGAGGGAAAAUGGGAUUUGAAGGAAGAUGGGGGUAGUGAAGAACAGGGGAGAGGAGCUGUAGAGGAUCUUGGCAGGUUUGAUAUGAGGGUGUCAUUGUGGAAAGAUACCAAUAGCGAAUGAAGAUACCUAGGUAGUGAAGAGUGGCAUAUACAAAAUGAAAUAAUACAUUUUGAUCCAGGGAGAAUA